GAACAACAACGCUCGCUCGUUUGGAUUGAAACAGGAUCUCUCUCUCUCUCUCUCUUUGGAGCCUUGUGAACCAGGAAAGAUACUUUGUGACACCGGCAUCAUGAAGGUGACCAUUAAAACCAUCAAGGAUGGCACGUUUGACCUUCAGAUGGGGGACGACGCGACGAUUGGCGAGGUGAAGGCCGCCAUUGAGCAGAGCAAGGGGGAUAAGUAUCCCAAGGAUGGCCUCAAGGUCAUCUACCAAGGCAAAGUUCUCGGGGAUAGCGAUACCUUGGCUUCGGCCAACUUUCAAGAGAAGGACUUUCUUGUCGUCAUGGCCAGCAAGGCCAAGCCCAAGCCAGCUGCUACGCCUGCCCCAGCCGAGCCCACGGCGAGCAAUUCUGCAGCCCCAUCAGCCGCGGCUAGCACCGAGCAACCAGCGCAGUCAGCACAGUCGGCUUCUGGCGCUGCCAGUGAAGAUGAUGUGAAUCGCCUCAUGAACAUGGGCUUUGACCGUCCCCAGGUCGAGGCCGCGCUGCGUCGGGCUUUUGGCAAUCCUGACCGAGCCGCCGAGUAUUUGACCACGGGCAUGCCUGCCGAGGAGGCUCCUAGCAUGGAUGCAACACCCGAUGAGCCAGCGGGCGGAGAGGGCGAGGCAGUGGUGCCACAAGAACUGAGCGAAGACAGUCCUCUAUAUUUCCUGGCUUCCAACCCGAGCUUUCUGCAAUUGCGUCAGCUGGUCCAGGAACAACCCCAUCUCCUACCCUCCAUGCUUCAGCAGAUUGCUGCCAGCAAUCCGGACCUGGUUUCGCUCAUUAAUGAGAAUCAAGAAGACUUUUACAUUUUGCUCAACGCCGAGGAUGAGAAUGGCGGCGCUCCGAUGCCGGGUGCUGGCGGCGCUGCGGGCGCCGGCGGCUCAGGUUUCCCCGGUGUGCAGCUGACGCAAGAGGAAAUGGCGGCCGUUGAGCGUUUGUCACAGCUGGGCUUUGACCGAAACCUUGCCCUACAGGCGUACAUUGCAUGUGAGAAGGACGAGAACAUGGCAGCCAACUGGCUUUUGAGCAACGGUGCGGGCAUGAGCUGAGCCAAGCCGAGCCGAGCUCACAUCGCGUAAACCCUGCCAUGUUUCAAUGCCAACCAUUUGACUGCAACCACUCAACCUCUUCUUGGGUGUAUGUAACCUUUGAGGUGGCAACCAGGCCCAGUGAAGGCCCUACCCGCCGCAACGAGCGAUUUCCCAAUCCUGCAAGAGGUGUUCCCAAAUGGAAAAACAAAAUUGAGGAAAGAAAUCC